UCGUAUUUAGUAGCCGUUGGUUGGCCGUUUGUUUAGUCUCCGUGCGAAAACUGGGGAAUGGAGGUGAUUUUACCAAACUGGACAUUCCCGAUCCCCUAUUCCCUUACCGCUCCUCCUGGACCCCGAGCACGACGUCGUUCGCAUCAUCGGCGUCGUUUCACGGCGGAGAUCGAAGAAAUCCGUGUCUGCACCAAUCGAACCUGCCGUCGGCAAGGUUCCUUCCAAACCCUCGAAACCCUCACCGGUCUCGCUCCCGCGAACGUCGCAGUCAAAUCCUGCGGCUGCUUGGGCCGGUGCGGAGCCGGACCAAACCUCGUGGCUUUGCCUGACGGCGUGGUUGUCAGCCACUGUGGAACGGCGGCAAGAGCAGCAGAGGUCAUGGUGGCUCUGUACGGAGGAGUUUGGAAUUCCGGUGAUACUAAAAAGAGCCUAGAAGCCCUAGCUUUAAGGAAGAAGGCGGAGAAGGAGAUGGAGAAUGGCAAUUUCUCUGAGGCUGAGCUUCUGCUCUCUCAGGCUAUAGAAUUAAAACCAACGGGUGGUGUCCAUAUUAUAUAUAAAGAUAGGUCAAUAGCAAGACUGGCAUUGCACAGGUAUUCUGAGGCUCUUGAAGAUGCUAAAGAAGCUUUGACAUUAAGUACUCAGUAUUGCGAGGCCUAUAUUUGCCAAGGUGAUGCAUUCUUGGCUAUGGACCAGUUAGAUUUAGCUGAGAAGUCAUAUUUAACGGCUCUGGAUAUAGAUCCAUCGGUUCGACGUUCAAAAUCAUUCAAGGCUCGUGUUGCAAAGCUUCAGGAGAAACUCACUGCUGGAAACAUGCCUGCAUGUGACUGAAGUGACUAAUGAAUCAACUAUAAAAGUAUAUGGAUCAACAUCGUAAAAUUUUACUUGUAUCCAGGAGAAAUGUGCGACUGAUACAUGAGAAUGCUAUAGUUUCUGAAGCAGGGAGUCAAAGAAAGUUUUCAAUAUCGAUUGGGAGAAGGAAACAGUAGCAUGGGGAUGGAGAAUGGGUCCAAUUUGGUCCCCCAAUCUUUGAUGCGUUUACAAGUGGAUGAAGAUAUGGCCAGGAAUUGAACUCAAUUGGGCACCUUUCCGUCAUUGCUUUCGCAUUUGACAGUCGGUAAUCAGAUGUGCAGUCACACUUCGGACACUGUUUUGGCAGAUGAAAUCUACGAUUAGUCUGUAUGGUCAUUUUACCAGAUGAUUUUGGACCAAAAAUACCAUGGCUAUAGGAGAUCAAGUCAGUAUUAGUAUGCGCAUAUUUUUAAUUGGUCUAAUGAUUGGUUUGAAGUUGUAUUUCCUUUAUAUUUUGGCAUUGACAAUCAAGUGACAUAUUUAUCUUCAAGCAUUAUGCA